UUGGAAAACAUUGUAGGAAAGUCUGUGCCCUUGUGCAGAAAAAGGACGUAGAGCUGAAAGAUGCCUAUGGGUCAUACAUUCUCAACUGUUAACAUCAUGCUCCAGAUGUGUGUGAUGUUGUGUUUGCCGUCAGUUGUCUUCUCCAAAUCAACAUAUUCCUGGCCCCCGAGAGGUCGCAACAUCACCAUCCACUCCUCCCAGCUGCUUUGCAGUCUGCCAGGUCCAGAGGGGCCUGCCGGGUACCCCGGAGCCCCUGGGUCUCCCGGGGCCAUGGGCCCUGAGGGGCCUCCAGGGAAGGAUGGCCCGUCCGGGAAGGAUGGAGAGAAAAGUCAAAAGGGAGAUGGAGGUGAUCCAGGGAGGACAGGGAACCCAGGCAAGCCAGGUGUGAAUGGGCGUGAAGGUGUCAUCGGCAAGGCUGGACGUCGAGGGACUGAAGGGGCUCGAGGAACACCGGGGGGUUUGGGAAAACGGGGCCCUAAAGGAAAGCUGGGUGACGUGGGCCAGCAGGGAGCUCCAGGAGGAUGUAACUGUGGCCGUGCAGCUCGAUCAGCCUUCUCUGUGGCGGUGACAAAGAGCUACCCCAAAGUGCGAUUGCCCAUCCGCUUCAGCCGGAUUAUGCUGAAUGAAGGGAAUCACUACAAUGCCAGCAGUGGGAAGUUUGUCUGUGCUGUCCCCGGGGUCUAUUACUUCACAUAUGAUAUCACUCUGGCAAACAAGCACCUGGCCAUUGGGCUGCUACACAAUGGACAGUAUAAGAUCAGAACAUUUGAUGCAAACACAGGGAACCAUGAUGUGGCGUCUGGUUCUACUGUCCUCCAGCUGCAGCAGUCUGACCAGGUGUGGCUGCAGAUCUUCUACGCAGAGCAGAGACUCUUCUUUGAUCCUUUCUGGACAGACAGCACCUUCACUGGCUUUCUCCUCUAUGCUGACCAGGAGUAUCUGAAUGAGGCUGAUAGAAAAGCUAAUGCUAAGGAUGACAGUUAAUCCUGAGAUAUCUUUAUUCAGUUUGUAAUACUUGCCUUCACUUAAUUUCACAUGUAAUGAGAAUGUGAAGAGAUUGGUAAGCAAUGGCAGGCUUCAGUGAAUUUCAGUUGUUCUGACACCAGGGGGCACACAAGGGAGGAAAAGUCAGCCACAGUUGGGGAACCCCUUUAAAUUGUAUGGAAUUUGAAGCCAUGGGUUUUAUCAGCAGUAUCAUUCAUGAUGGUAUUAAAACGUUUUACAUUUUCCAAUAACAUUUGUUUCCAUUCCUCUGGUAUUGUCUUACUAGAGGAGCUGUAAGGUUUCCACAUGUUUUUUUUUUCUUUUUAUACAAAAAGACAAAAAACACUUGGAAGUGAAAUCAUACCAGAGUUGCUAUAGUACUUAUGCAGUAUAAUGUGUUUUAAUGAGCAGACAUGAUGUUAUGAUGUUUUACGGAAGAGGAUUGAGGCCUCAUGAUGCAAAAAACGUGAGAUGUGACCAAAAGUUAAAAAAUAAUUGAGUUCUGACUUUAAUCUCUUUUCUGAGAUAAAAGUCAGAAUUCUGAGAAAAUAUUUAAAUGAUUAAUGCAUAAUAUUGAUACAAAUACUUUGAAUAUUUAUAGGAAUUUGAAAAAUAUAGUAAAGAAAAAAAUAAUAGUAUAAUUAUACAUUAAAACUGUUU